UUCUCAAUCAAUGAUGAGGGUAUCGGAGCCGAUACUGGACAUGGAUAUGGCGAAUUACAGUGAAGUUUUGGAUCCGACGUAUACCACUUUGGAGUUCGAAACUAUGCAGAUUCUAUAUAAUUCGAAUGCUGAUAGUUCUGCCCCAGAGACGACAAGUAUGAACACCGCAGACAACAGUCUGAACUGCCUGUGUGCUAUCUGUGGGGACAGAGCGACAGGAAAACACUACGGAGCCUCCAGCUGUGAUGGCUGCAAGGGCUUCUUCCGGCGCAGCAUCCGCAAGAGUCACGUUUAUUCCUGCAGGUUCAGUCGGCAAUGCGUGGUUGACAAGGACAAAAGGAAUCAAUGUAGAUAUUGUCGAUUAAGGAAGUGUUUUAGAGCAGGAAUGAAAAAAGAAGCUGUGCAAAAUGAACGUGAUAGAAUCAGCACCAGGAGAAGCACGUUUGAUGGCAGCAACAUCCCCUCCAUUAACACGUUGGCACAAGCAGAGCUUCGGUCUCGCCAGAUCUCAGCCUCCAGCCCUGGUGCAAGCACUGACAUAAAUGUUAAGAAAAUUGCGAGUAUCGGUGAUGUCUGUGAAUCUAUGAAACAGCAACUCUUAGUCUUGGUGGAAUGGGCGAAAUAUAUCCCUGCCUUCUGUGAGUUACCACUGGACGAUCAGGUGGCCCUGUUGAGAGCUCAUGCUGGGGAACAUUUGCUGCUCGGAGCCACAAAGAGAUCCAUGCUGUAUAAAGAUAUUUUGCUUCUGGGAAACAACUACGUUAUUCAUCGCAACAGUUGUGAAGUGGAGAUCAGCCGUGUGGCCAACCGCGUUCUAGACGAGCUGGUCCGACCAUUUCAGGAAAUUCAAAUUGAUGAAAAUGAAUAUGCCUGCUUGAAGGCCAUUGUAUUUUUUGACCCAGAUGCGAAAGGGCUAAGUGACCCCGUCAAGAUUAAGAACAUGCGGUUCCAAGUGCAGCUCAGCCUGGAGGACUACAUCAACGACCGGCAGUACGACUCCCGCGGGCGCUUCGGCGAGCUGCUACUGCUGCUGCCCACCCUGCAGAGCAUCACCUGGCAAAUGAUCGAGCAGAUCCAGUUCGUGAAACUUUUCGGGAUGGUGAAAAUUGACAACCUGCUUCAGGAGAUGUUACUGGGUGGUGCCUCCAAUGACGUUAGCCAUCUCCAUCAUCCAAUGCAUCAACAUUUGUCUCAAGAUCCACUAACUGGACAAACUAUACUUUUAGGUCCCAUGUCAACCCUGGUUCAUACAGACCAGAUCUCAACUCCUGAAACCCCACUCCCUUCCCCGCCGCAAGGGUCUGGACAGGAGCAGUACAAAACAGCCGCAAACCAAGCCUCCGUCAUUUCACACCAGCCUCUCUCCAAACAAAAGCCAUUGUGAGGAUGUGUUUACUUCUGCACGGCACUGCGUAAAUGUGAAAAAUUACUGGCCUUGACACAUCUCAGGAUAGCACUUCUGGCCAACUCUCAGCUAAGCCUUCUUCAUGGUGCUGUUUAUAAGAUGGUAACCUAUUUUCUUGUUCAUAUGCUCAUUUGUCGUUGCUAUUGUUUAAAACCUUCAGUUGCAACCACGGUGCAUCUGAGUGUUUGGUGUGUUUAUAUCGCAUGUUUUUUUCCCAGCUUUCCUUGCACUGUGCCUAAAGCAGCUGAAUCAUAUGUACGACUUUCAUUUGUUGUCUUAAUAUUAAUUUAAAUCUGUAAAUAACUGCUUUCUCAGGAUGUGAUGCAGAACUCACUGUUCUUUUUUUUGACUGAGUAGAGUAGAUUAGAAAUCCCAGAUUAAUAUAAAAUGAACCAUGUUUUGAAUAGAUUUUAAAUUUGCAAAUUAGAAAGAUAAGACGUUUCUGUAGAAUAAGGCACAGAUCUGUGAAGAGGCAUCACUUUUGGACAUCCUGUGGCUAAGAAGCAUGUUUUUAGCCCACAGUUACAUAUGCCUGUUUUAAGUUUAGAAAAGUCUACACAACUAUCCCAAGGGUGACUGGAUAGUCUUUCAAAUCUGACUGUAUUUGAGGAUGUAGGUUAAGAUACAAGAUGUUAGUUUCAGCAAGGAGGUUACAGGCUACACCGUAAAAUGAACUGCUUAAAACAGUGGCUCAUCCAAGAGAGGUUAGUUUCUGUCUCCUAAACCAAUGGAGAAGUUGUCAUCCAUUGACUGGACCCUGGCACCUGCCCACAGCUAAUGCCCAGCGAGGGCGGGAGAGUGGGCGGGAGGCCUGUGCUGACGAAGCUGUGCAUUCAGGACACUACUGUUGGGAGACACCUGUCCCCCCCCUGCAUUGCCUCAAUUAACCCUUGCGACAGCCCUGUAAGAAAGGUGUUAGUGUCUUUCUUUCAUAAAUAAAGAAACCUUUCCUUAGAGGGUUUAAGUAACAUAUCCGAAGUUUAUAAACCUCAAGAGUAGGAUAGCCACAUUUCAGCCCAGGCCUGGCUGGCUUUUAUGAGGAUAAUUAUAUCUUCAGUGUGGGGUGAAAACUGGGAGCUUCUGACUGUGGUUUUUAAAUAUAUGCAGUUGAGGGCUGAUUAAACAUUAUCUGUCCUAUUGCCUAUAACGUGUUUACAUGGAAGGAGGGAGGGUCAAAUUGUUGCAGCAUGGUAAGAAACCACUUUUGGACUUUUAAGAAGAGUCAGACCCCUACAAGAAAUAUUUUGAAUACAUUAAGAAAAAAGAUGCACCAGAUAGAUGAUGAUGAAAACAAAAACCAAUGCAAAUCACUAAUUAAUCAGAUUUCCCCAAAUCCAGCAACCCAGGGGUAUGCAGAAUAUCUGAUUCUGAACUGAGGAGCACAGGUCAUUGGAGCUUUAAAGUAUUUGAUAUCUUCUAAAGCUGGAGCUCAUUUAUAAACAAUGAUGACACGUGAACCAGCGACACAGACACUGCCCCUAAUACACACGUAAUUUAUUAGCUGAAGCAGAACAAUUCGUUGAGUAAUUACUGAUGGUACAAAAAAGUAUCGCAAGCUGUAAGAGACCGAGUUACUUAAUUUUUUCAGGACCUGUCAAAAUUUCUAAGAUCAUGAUUUCAUAAUCCCCACUUACCACACAAAUAAAAAGGCUCAGUAAAUGUUAACUAACUUAUUGGCUCUUAAUGUGAAAUUGAACUCUUACAGAGGAAAAUGAUUCCUUAUUUGAAGCUAACAUUGAUUUAAUAGGAUCAAUAAAUCCUUUCAAGAGCUGGUACCUUUGUGCAACUGGAAAAUAUGCCUUUGAGAGACAGGAGUGGAAAGUUGUUUUAACUUUUUUGUGUGUGUAAAAAUUUGGUAUCCCUGUUUCAUGAAUAAGAAUGUUUUUUAUUUUUAUAAGUACAAAUAUCAUUUGUAGAGUCCUGCUUAUUUUUUUGUGUCCUCUCUGGAAGAUACUAAAAAAAAAACCACUUUGAAGUAUAAAACAAAUUCAUUAUUGGUAAGCCCUUUAACUUAUCUGCAUACAUUUACUAAACAGUUAUGUUUUAGAAAUUAUUACUAACAAUUUUGUUUUAAUAACUGUGGUCAGGGAGUUUGUAAUAUUAUAUUUUUGUAUAUUUCACUGCCAAAAAUGCUGGAUGAGAGCAACUGAUAUUUUCAAAAUGUUGAUAAGGAAAGUUAUUGCUUUUAUAUAGCACAAAACUUUUUUUCAGGUAAUAAAAAUGAAUAAUUUAUUG